AUGCCACUUGAGAAGCCUUCUUCUGUCUUCGACCACUUCUCCACAGACAUUCCAAAUCUUGCUUGGUUUUUUUCCAAGGAGAACACCUUCACUCCUCCAUGAUCUUGCAAAUUUGGAUUGAUUGAUCUAGCGGAGAAAUGUGUUCCUACUCAAAGUCAUCAAACGAGUUUGGAACAGGGAAUUCUUGUUAGAAAUCCUUUGCCACGGUUGGCUCAGAUUGAUCUUCCAUGGUAUGACAAGGAAGUAAUGGGCUCCGAAGAUCAAUACCCCCUCUAUGACGUAGCAACCACAAAAGAGGAGGAGCAGGAGCAUGAGAAGGAGAAAGAGCAGGAGGAAGAAGAGGGGACAAGACGCAGAGACCUCCGAGGAACAUUUGAAAUCAAGAGAUUGAGUGAUGAAAAGCUUGAAUAUGGAAUAGAGCCUGAGAAGACGAAUUCGAGAGAGUUCACACUGCCUCACUUCCUCCUCAAUCGUUCGUGUGAGUCAUUAGAAGAAGAAGAAGAGGAGCCCUCCUCCGAUUCUGCAGACUCCACCAUUGUCGAUACUGAAGUUGCUGCAUCCGCCACUUCACCGCCAAUCACACAUCGUCAAUGGUUCAAGGGUUUGCGCAGUCGUCUUCGACGUUUUUUCUUGUGUUGCAAUACAAUCGAAGAGUAUUGA